CUCCAAUUUCCUCUGGAGGAUGCAACCAGUACCGAAUUACAUGCGCAAUCCUGCCGUGAAUCAGACAUCACCACGGUAACCGAACGGUAUUCACCAUUCUCUGCUUUACCCGUAAACAUCCGCGACUCAACCCUACCGAUCGUCAUCCUCGCACGCAAUUGUUCAGGCAGGCAGACAUGGUGAAGCUGGGCAGUAACCUGGCUGAUAAGCUGGAUAAAGAACAGUCUAUGGACGAUGGCUUUGAUAACGUCCCCCUCAUCACCCCUCUGGAGGUGAACCAGCUGCAACAGCCAUACUUAGACAAGGUAAUCGUGAAGACCACAACAGAGUAUCAGCUGCAGCAGAAGAAAAAGAAGAAGUUGUACGUGCCGGGAAUCAAGAAGCUGAAUAUAAAACUGUACGACGACGUAUCAGAGAAGGUCAAGCUCACAGGUUUGAUCCUCAUCACCCUUGGGUUCCUGGCUUGUCUUCUCCUGCUGGUCAUGUACAAGGCUCUGUGGUACAAUCAACUUACCUGCCCAGAGGGCUUCAUUCUCAAGCACAAGCACUGCACCCCAGGAGCGGUGCUAGAGCCCUGGUACUACACAGAGCAGCAGCAGCAGGAGGACCCAGGCGUGCCCCCCCGCUCCAGCAGUCUCUACACCGCCCUGGGUCACCUCAACCAGGCCAAGAGGACCGCCGGCGGCGGCAUCAUCCCCGAGCUGCCCCCGUCACCAUGGUUCCCCGUCAUCAACGCCCUGAAGCAAGCGGAGAGGGCCAAAGAGGAGGCGAGUCGUUCGAAGGAGUGAGGGAUGGAGAGAUUUCCAGAGGGAAAAGGUUUAGGAAGGGGGCGAUAAAGGUAGAAGGGUAUAUGGGCUUUCCAAAAGGAAGAGUUAGGAAGAGGGGAUGGAGAUGGGGGAAAAAGUGUUGUUUACUUGGGGGAGUUGACUAUGAGGUAUUCUGGGUAACGCUCCAAAUGUCUGUUUAGGUGUCAGCGAACGUGACUCAUUUGCAGUAAAGUUAAUCUCUCUAUGACGUUAUCAGUGAGGACCACCGCCUUGUGUUAUGUGCGUGCGUGCCUGUGCGAGCGCGAGAGAGAGAGAGAGAGAGAGAGAGAGAGAGAGAGAGAGAGAGAGAGAGAGAGAGAGAGAGAGAGAGAGAGAGAGAGAGAGAGAGAGAGAGAGAGAGAGAGAGAGAGAGAGAGAGGUGUGUGAGAGAGAGAGGUGCGUGUGAGAAGCAUUGGAGAACUGAACAUAACAACAUUCCCUGAAAUGCUCACUAGAUUGUCUUUAUCAGACUAACAUGUUUUCAGGUUUUUAUUUUAUUCUGAACUGAAUGUAGAGUAUUGUUAGUAAUGUGGUCUGACAAAGUUUAGCGUUAUUACAUUUAGAUCGAACUAAACCUGUUUUUUGUAGAUUUUUACAUACACAGUUCGGAAAUAAAAUGUUUUGUUCUAUUCAGGAAGCACAGAGCCCACAUUAAUUUAGAAACAUGAUUGUAAAAAACAUAUUUAUCAUGCCUUUUUUUCUCAAUAGAUUUUCCAGCAGCUGUGAACAAUUUGUGUAUGAGGAUUUUGGUACAAUUGGGUACGAGGAACCUGAAUAUUUUCAGGUGGAAGAUAACCAAAUGGAUUGAUGUCAUGUCAAUUCAGAUGAUUUUGAAUGUAGUAGACUAGCAGGUGUACAAGUUGGAUUCCUGUCUCAUAAUAUUUUAACAGAACAUUAACUACCUAGAGUAUCUGUAUCUUUGUGUUUUCUAGUAUUUAUUUAAAGACCUAUUUAUUAUGAGCUUUAUUCCUUAAGCUAUUUAUUUGAUUUUUUUUGGUGAAAAGCUUGAAGGAUUACAUUUUUUUAUUUUUUUUAUUUGGGGAUUUUUAAAAUAGUGAAUAAAAUGCAAUGCGAUUCAUACCAAGUUUGCAUUCAUCCUAAUUCAUCAUAAUAACUGGCAGUAUUUUCACCAUGGAUCAGAUUGUGAUACUGCCAUUGUGUCACCAUUCCCCACCCAGCGUUAAUAAACCUGGUUCUGUUCUGAGUGCCAAACGUUUAUGUCAGACCCAUCUGCUCUGAUGUCAUCAAUAAAGUGUUCAUCAUAAUCUG